AUGUCUCCACACUUUCCGAGUACCUCCUACUUGCUUCAGACUCUUCGUGCUAUGUCGCAUGUACUGCAGAAGGACUCUCCUCCAUUUGUUGCAGCAGCAUCAAAGAUUUACAUCGACGAUGAAGAGGGCACGGGUUUAAUUAUCCCGCAGAGCUCUGCUAAAAUGUCCUCUACAGUGGGUAAAAAGGAACCUUCUCGCUUAGAAGAUGUGGAAGGUAGCACGAGUGGAAGUUUUCAGGAAGAGGAUGGUGAGGAAAAGGAUGAAUCGGCUUAUCAUUCUGACGACCCGGAGUUGAGUAGCAGAAACAUUGAGCCAAUUGGCCAUGAUUGCGAUGAUUUUUGCAAUCCUGAAGAAAUAGAAGUAGAGGCGGAAAAGAUGAAUUUCCAUCUUGAUUGCAUUGGAGGCGAUGCACCCAACGCCGCCACAGGCGAUCCCUGGAGCAAGUACAUCAAGACUAACGUCGAGAAUGCCGUAAUUCGAGACUCGAAUAAGCCGGAUUAUUACAGUUCUGCUAAAGUGAGCCUCUUGAAAUCAGAGGACUUGUCAUUUCCAUUCAUCGUUCGCCCGUCUUACGAUUCUGAGUCAUAUUCAUCCAUCCUUGGCUCAGAUGCUUCCGGCCAGCCUUCUUCCAUGAUUGCACAUUCAUAUAGGCCUCCGCCAGUUUGCACCCUGUGUGGCGCUUCGGGUCACCGUAACAGCUCCUGCAUAUCCGAACCCUAUAUCUCGGUCAGCAUGUCUCUCUGGAAGACGUUGGAGGGUAAUGUUCCCAACGUAUCAAAUCGAACGCAUCUCCAGGAACUAUCCGAUUGCCUUAUUCAGCUAUCUCAAUUUCACUCUUCCCAAGAAAUAAUGGGUUUUCGUCAACUGCUAAAGACUUUCAGGCGAUUGUUGGGUAAAGGUUCGCGGAAUUUCGGAAUCUCAAACAUCCGACCCGUUUACUUCGCCAAAGUCCCUAUCAUCAAAUUUACCGUCGCAGAUCGUUUUGAAGUAGAUCUAAGCUUUUCAAACUUCCUGGCAAUCAACAAUACCGAAAUGCUCAAUUUCUACAAUCAAAUCGAUCCACGUCUUCGGGUACUGAAUAUUGCACUGAAAAUUGUUCUUAAGCUCCACGAAGGCAAUGAAAAGCCUGUAAUUAAUGUCGGUAAAUGGAACGUUUGGUACCAAAAUGAUAUGAGCAUGGUUCAUAAACUCUGGAAGCCACCUGAAAAGGAUGUCACGGUAGCUGAACUGUGGUUUGGCUUUCUUCGGUACUACCUGUUUGAGUUUGAUAGAGAGCACUAUGUCGUGACCAUCAAACAAAAAAGUCGACUAGACCGCUUGGGAAAAUUGUGGGAAUCUCUCCUUGCUGUCGAGGGUAGUACUCAAUCAAGUUUUGAAUUCACUUUACUAUACUCUUUUACACCACACUACGUUCAUCAGGGACCAGUUGACCCCCAACCAGUGGAAAUUUUUAUUUUUGCUCCCCGUUUUCCUGAAGGUGGAAGUUUUUCCGUGAAUGGUACCAGUUUCAAUCGCGCUGCUGCCAAUUUACCUACUCCGUCGAAUCGUUCACGCACGUCUCACCAUUAUCAACAGCAACAACAACAACACAGACCUCAAGAGAUGGCCUCAGUACCGUCGAGAAGAGGUGGUGUUGGCCGCCGUGGUGCGGGCGCCAGCGCUGGAGUCCCUUUUGGUAGAGGGGCCGAGAAUCGUGGUGGAGUAAACCGAUCUCAUGGCCGCGGUCAACGCAGAAACCCCUAA